AGGAUGGAAGGAUUCAGGGGGUGGAAUUUCGGAUUGUCCGUGUCAGCAGCGCCUCUGCGCCUUCGUUGCUCCAUCCUGAUCCCAGCACCACCUCUGGGAUGGGAUGGACGCGAAGAAUUCUCCUCCUUCUCCCCGCGCCGCCUAAUGAGCAGCCUCUUAAUUAACGCGCCGACCCGCCGCCCAAGCUACAAUUCCCGGCACGCCCCGCGCCGCGCUCCAUCCGGGUCCUCCUGCGCUUCACCCGCCCCACCCUUCCGCGCGGGCACUUCCUGCCUCAACCCAACCUUACUGUCGAUGAUUGACAGGCACGACAUCCAAUAGAAAAGCAGCAUUUCGCGGUGCUGACCAAUAGGCGCACACGAGGCGGGCGGCCAUGACAGUGGGCGGGCCGGGGCGGCUCCUCCCGGCUGGCGGCGGCGAAGAUGGCAGAUUUCCUGAAGGGGCUCCCGGUGUACAACAAGAGCAACUUCAGCAGAUUCCAUGCGGAUUCCGUCUGCAAAGCUUCCGUGAGUGCUCCCGAGGCCGGAUUCCCAAAUCCCAGCGUUCCCAAAUCCCAAGUUAUCGUGACAGAGAAGACGAACAUCCUCCUGCGCUACCUCCACCAGCAGUGGGACAAAAAGAAUGCGGCCAAGAAGCGGGACCAGGAGCAGGGCGAGCUGGAGGGCGAGAACUCGGCUCCGCCGCGGAAAAUCGCCCGGACCGGGAGCCACGACAUGACCGAGGACACUUAAAAAUCCCGGAAAUCCGGGAAUUCCCGAGGCUCUUCCCGCUUUUUUCACCUCUCACUUCCCCCCACUCCCCUCCCCCUUCCUUCCUCUUCCUCCUCCUCCGUUCCCAAAGCGCUCGGAUUUCCCGGGAUCCGCCCUAUUUAUUUGGGAUUCGCCUCUUUCCCGGUUUUUUUUUUGUAUUUAUGCUGCGGGAAUUUGGAUGGAGAGGGAAAAUUUGGGAUCUUUAGGGAAAAAAAAAAAAGUCCCCUUCCCAAAAUUCCGCUUUUUUUCCAGGAUUGCUGGGAUUUGCUCCUUGGAAUCUCUCUGGGAGACAAUUCCGGUCUUUUCCCCAAAUUCUUCCUGGUUUUUUGGUUUCUUUGGGAUAUCCCGGAAUUCCUUAUUCCCAGCAUUCCGCUUUUCCCGGCAUCUCCUCCUUAAAAUCUUCCAGAAUUCCUUUGUUUUUCCCUAAAUUUCCCAACUUUUUGGGGGGGGGGGAGGGGAUUGGUGGCAUCUCCUCCCUUCCCAAAAUUCUUCCUGCACUCCCUGGGAUAUCCCGGAAUUCUUUAUUCCCAAAAAUCCCCCUUUUCCUGGGAUUAUUUGGAUUUACUCCUUAAAAUCUCCCAGGAGAGCUCCUUAUUCCCAAAAAUCCCCUUUUCCUGGGAUUCCUGACUUCUUCUCCCUUCGAUAUCCCGGAAUUCCUUAUUCCCAAAAUUCCCCCUUCUCCUGGGAUUCCUCCUUCUGAAAUUCCAGGAGGUUUUUUUGGGAUUUUUUUUUUUUUUUCCCUUCUCCCCCUUGAAAUAUUCCCAGGAAUCCUUUGCAUAUUCCCAAUCCAAGCACCCAACUGAGGCCUUCCCAUUUUUCCAUACAAUUCCCAAGCCCUUCCCGGGCUUCGAUCAUGGCUGGAGCCCAUUCCCGGGAAUUUGGAUCCCAGGAUUUUUAUGGGGGGAGGGGCUCAAUCCAGGGAUUUUCUGCCGGAAUCGUUGCUCUUUUCCAUCCUUCAAUCCCGACUUUUUUCCGGGGUUUUUUUUGGGGUUUUGGGGUUGUUUUUUUUUUGUGCUUCCCGGGAAAAUCAUCGGAUCCUCUCCGAAGGAUCGCUCGGAAUUCCAAAGGGAUGGAGCUGGGAGUGGACUGGGAGCGGCUCCGCCCUUGGAUUUGGGAGAAUCCGGGAUGGGAUUUGGGAUCCAGGUUGGAAUUUGGGAUGGAAGAAUCCGGGAUGGAAUCCGGGCUGGAAUCUGGAAUUUGGGAUGGAAGAAUCCAGGAUGGAAUUCAGGAUCCAGGCUGGAAUUUGGGAUGGAAGAAUCCGGGAUGGAAUCUGGGAUCCAGGCCGGAAUUUGGAAGAAUCUGGGCUGGAAUCUGGAAUUUGGGAUGGAAGAAUCCGGGAUUCGGGCUCCAGGCCGGAAUUUGGGAUGGAAGAAUCUGGGCUGGAAUCUGGAAUUUGGGCUGGAUGAAUCCAGGCUGGAAUCCGGGCUCCAGGCCGGAAUUUGGGCUGGAAUCCCGGGAAUGUGGAGCCGAUCCAACACUCCGGAAUCCCCAAAAUCCCUCGGGAUUGAGACAAUUCCCAGCCGCCCUUCCGGGACGAUCCAGAGGCUCAGGAUUCCUGGAAAACUUGGGAAAAGCCAAGAAAGGACGAGCUUAACCCCAAAAUUCCAUCUGCUUUUCCAAGAGGAGCCGAUUCCCGCGGAAAUCCCGGAAUUCGGAGCCGUUUCCCCUCCCCCUGCCGAGAAAUCCGCCGGGAUUUUUCCGGGAGAUCCCAAAAAAUUCCCGGCUCCGACGCUCGUGGGGCUCCCUCCGCCUCUUUUCCCAGCAAAUCCCGAUCCGUCCUCGGAAUUCCGGGCUGGGAACGGCCAAAAUUCCGCCGGCGCCGGAAGCAGAACCUCGGGAAGAGCAGGACACGGCUCCCGGUCGGAAUUCCCGGAGUUUGGGACUGGAAUUGAAUCCAGAACUUUGGCGCUGCCUCCGAACCUUUUUCCCGUUUUUUUUCUUUUGGUGGUUUUUUUUAAUGGAAGCAACUUUGGAAUUCCUGGAAUGCCGAGCGGUGGGGGGGGGGGGGGGGGAGGGAGGAAAAGCGGAAUUCCCGGGAAUUUUGGGGUGGGAUUUUCCAGCUGGAAAACUCCAGGCUGAGCCGGAUUUGAGGGAUCCUUGGAAGAAUUCCAGGAUCCCAGGAGAGGAGGGCGCUCGGAUCCCGGCAUUCCGGAGGCUCGGGAAUGUUGUUCCAUUAAAAAGUUGGCACUUCCUGCUGGAA